UCACCACCAGCAGCAUCUCUCUCUCUCACACUUUCUCACUCUCCAAGUCUCCUCCUUCCCGUGAAAGCUGAAAGCUCAUCUUCUCCUUCCACGUGAUUUGUCUCCCCCGGAUCACUAAGCUUUCAGCUCGACGACAUCGUCCUUGGAGUUCGGUUCAAGCAACCGGUAAAUCUUCCACUGAUUUUGAAGAAGAUUCUUCCAUGUUCGAUCUGAUCCGGCUUCAGAGAUCGAGAGUUGAUUGCCUCCAAACAUCUUGAAUUUUAAACCAGAGACGAAUACGACUUAGAGCAAGAUAUAUAUAUAUAUAGAGAGAGAGAGAGAUACGAAGCUGUUUUCAUUUUCAACGUCUGAUUGACUAUGUAAAGUUCUGAUCUACGGAGACGAAUGGCGGGAAAAUUGACUUGAGCCGCGUUUUUUUUUUACUGGGUGGGUCGAUCCAAUCCAAAAAUGAAGAAGAAGGCGUCGCAGCAGAAGUUACUGUACAGAUGGAAGAGGAAGGUAUACGGUACAUUGAUGUUCGCUUUCUGCUUGGGGACUUUCGUAUUUAUCCAAGCUCGUUUCCAUGGAAUCACUUCGUCUCUCAAGCCUCGCCUCGAUCAGAAACCUCAGAUUGCUUUCCUCUUCAUUGCCCGUAAUCGACUCCCUCUCGAGUUUGUCUGGGAUGCUUUCUUUCAGGGUGAGGAUGGAAAGUUCUCAAUAUAUGUUCAUUCUAGACCUGGAUUCGUACUCAGCGAGGCUACAACUCGAUCAAAGUUCUUCUUGGAUCGGCAAGUUAAUGACAGCAUACAGGUAGACUGGGGUGAAUCAACCAUGAUUGAAGCAGAACGUGUAUUGCUCAGACAUGCACUUACUGAUCCAUUUAAUCACCGCUUUGUUUUUCUUUCUGAUAGCUGCAUACCUCUGUACAGUUUCAGCUACACUUAUAACUAUAUCAUGUCAACACCAACUAGUUUCGUUGAUAGCUUUGCAGAUACAAAAGAUAGCCGUUAUAAUCCUAGAAUGAAUCCCAUUAUUCCUGUUCAUAACUGGAGAAAAGGAUCACAGUGGGUGGUUCUGAAUCGAAAACACGCAGAAAUUGUGGUGAAUGAUACCUCCGUCUUUCCGAUGUUUCAGCAGCAUUGCAGAAGAAAAUCACUUCCAGAGUUUUGGCGAGAUCGUCCUGUGCCAGCUGAAGGUUGGAAGGAACACAACUGUAUACCUGAUGAGCACUACGUUCAGACAUUGCUAUCUCAAAAGGGUGUAGAUAGCGAACUCACACGUAGAUCACUGACACACUCAGCUUGGGACCUUUCUUCCUCUAAAAGAAACGAACGUCGUGGAUGGCAUCCUAUGACGUACAAAUUUUCUGAUGCGACUCCUGAUUUAAUACACUCCAUUAAGGGAAUAGACAAUAUCAACUACGAGACGGAAUAUCGGCGAGAAUGGUGUAGUAGUAAAGGGAAACCGUCGCCGUGCUUCCUCUUCGCCAGGAAGUUCACUCGUCCUGCUGCUCUCCGCCUCCUCCGCAAAGUAAACAUUUCUUUCAAAAUCAUCGCUUAAACUAAGAAAAAUUACAUCACAAACAUAUUACUGAUGAGCUCAUUGUCGGUUCCUUGCUUCCUCUGUUUCUUUGGCAGUCUAUCUUGUUAAAGGACUAAGAGCAAGACAAUUAAGUAGAUCAUUCACCAUUCAUAGCAUAUAUUACACAUAGGUACGUAAGAUUACUAAGAUUUACAACAAUGUUUGUAUUUGUUAUUUCAUUUGUAAUACUACAGAUCGAAAUUACAUAGAAACUUACCAUUUGGUAUAUGAAUAAAUCCUCGGCGUUUAGAUAA